GAUGAUACUCGGAAGAAAUUGAUAACGCGGGCAGAGCAAAGAUGAUCGUAUAGAGUUGUAUGUAUACCCAAGCAGCAGUUGGUUGGGUGACUGUUGAUGCUUAAUGUUCCAGGCACUCACGGACCUUAUCACAGUAGUUCGCGAAUCCGACCAGAGUAGACGUGUUUUCCCAACUUAUUUGAGAGUAGUAUUAUUUUGGCGGCUAUAGUGACACGUGUUCGUUUCAAAGAUGAAAUCCCAGGAGCAAUGGCUCACCUGGAUGUUGAUUAUCUUGAUCAUUAAUCAGGAAGCCUACGGUAUUUACGACCCUCGAACCUACUCGGGACCCAACUUGAAUAUGAUGCCGCAAGUCCAUAGCGAGUACAGUAAAGUUCAUACUCACAAAGCUCGCGCAUUUGAACCAAACUACGCCCGAAGUGAUCAUAAUCUAAAUUAUCACGCAUCCCCAUAUCAACAAACAGUUAAUGCAUACACUACCCCAGUUGCAAUUACAACUGCAGCUUCAGCACGCAAACAGGGUCCAACUCCUUCGUCAAAGCUGCAAGCACCAAAUUACGAAUACGGAAAUGAAAACGCUAUUCUGGACGCCAGCAAUCCCAAGCUAAGAAGCAGCACGGUUGACGAGACAGAAAGUUUCAAUGGACUUCAGUGUCCACCGCUGCUAUCGGGACACUUCGUGUACAUCAUGGAUUGUAGGCAAUUUCUGAAUUGCUGGAAAGGUCGCGGCUACAUUCAAAGCUGUGCCCCGGGAACACUAUUCAAUCCCAGCACACGGCAAUGUGACCAUCCUUCGAAAGUUCACUGCUUGACGUCCAAUAAUAUGGAGACCUACAAUGGAUUGGCUCGGUUAACGGAUGCUAACAAUCCAAAACUGUCUGCUUACACACAAGACUAUGACGAAGAGACUCCCCAAUCGAUAGGACCUGCUCGAAUUAGUUGUCCCCCGGAUGUAAUAGGAUUACGAGAGCAUCCCACAGACUGCAGGAAGUUCUUGAACUGUAACGCGGGAGCAACAGUUAUACAGGACUGUGGACCGGGAACUGCUUUCAAUCCACAAAUAUUUGUUUGCGAUCAUAUUCACAACGUUGAUUGUAACCGUAACCAAAACUUAAUAAAAUUGCCACCCACUCAACAAACCAAUCCGGAUGCGGAAGAAAUUGAUGUUGAAAACGUCACUUACGACAUUGAUAUCCGCUUCAACGAUGACGAAGAAGUAAGACCGACAAAUAAGCCAACUAUUCCACUUCAGGUUCCCAAACCAACCUAUCAACAAGUAGCAUCAAGCGCAGUUCGUCCUGUAUAUGCACCGCCACCACCGAGCACGACUUCACGAACAAAUCAAGCCAACAAGCAGUCAAAUCCAAGCCUCCAUCGACCCAACGCAUCAUCCAAUCCGAGCGAUCCUAAUGUAGACACCUCGAAGCUUCCCAUCAGCGAUGCCCUCAAAAUGUUACUACGACCGUACAUGUCUAGCAAUAACGUCGACCUUAACAUGACCAAAAUUAAUUCAAUCAUGGAUUCGACGACCACACCAAAAGUUGACCAAGUAUCUCGUAGUAACCCUGCAGAACUGCAUGUACUCGGAUUACACCAAACUCCAAAACCAGCUGAAAAAUCGUCUUCCUACAUAGCUUCCCCAUUGGAAAUCAAUUCACAGUUCAGUGGGUAUCAAUCGCCGUUCUACGGCAUGCCAACCAACCGACCUCCGGCACCAUACGGAUUCCGACCCCACAACACGAAUUUCAACCGGCAACACGCCUCACCGUCGUUCGCUUCCCAGCAGCAACCGCAACAGUUCUAUCCGAUGUAUCGGCCAAGAGCCACCACACCAGCGAUCAGAAGUCGUUUCGGUGAAGAUUCUCCGCAAUGGCGUCCAUUGGUUGCGACUACAGCGAGUGCCACUACCACACCGAGACCAUCGACAACGACCGUCGAUCCCUGCAAGGACAAAUUUAUCUGUGGAAAUGGGAAGUGUAUCGAACAAUCCAAAGUUUGCAACGGAAAAGAUGACUGUGGCACUCGUGCUGAUGAAAGAAAUUGUAGUCACAUAGGAUAUGAGGUUCGACUGUCAAACAAACACCAAGGUCGCGUGGAAGUCAAAGUGUUCGAUAAGUGGGGUUAUGUGUGCGAUGAUAAUUUCAGCAUCGAAGCUGCCAAUGUACUAUGCCGUGAACUUGGAUUCCAACAGGGUGCCUUGGAACUGAAACCAAAUUCGUUUUAUCCACCAAAUGUGGAAAUGAUGAACGGUAGCAAUCCGGUAUUUAUCAUGGAUGAAGUUAGAUGCACUGGGAACGAGAGUUCACUACAAGAAUGUUCAUUUUCCGGAUGGGGAGUACAUGAUUGUAACGCUGAGGAAAUCAUGGGCGUUGUAUGUAAAACUCCUGUAAUGACAUGUCCAAACGAUUACUGGUUAUGCGAUACUUCAGCCGAGUGUGUUCCCGUUGGUUUCCUUUGCGAUAACGUGAUGGACUGUGCGGACGGAUCAGAUGAAAGUGUUUUGCAUUGUAAUGCUCCGUUGGAAAUGCGUUUAGUCGACGGUCCAAGCAGUACGGAAGGUCGUGUGGAGAUCAAGUAUCGUGGAAUCUGGGGAACAAUAUGUGAUGACGAUUUUGGCAUUCGGGAAGCUCGUGUUAUCUGUCGACAGCUUGGGUUGAAUGGGACAGCAGAGAUACGAAAGAAUAAGUAUAAACCAGGAACAGGCCAAAUCUGGUUGGACCAGGUUGUGUGCAACGGCAACGAGAGCUCGAUCGACGAUUGUAUACAUUGGCACUGGGGAGAACAUAACUGUGGGCAUCCCGAAGAUGUCGGUGUAAAAUGUGGCACGCCACAGAGCACAAGACCAACGCCAGCCCAACUUCGUUCGAUCGGGAAAUCAUUAAAAUUCGAUUACGUCGAGAAGUCGAGUAAAAUAUAUCCAGACAGCUGCGGUAAGAUCCAAGUGGAUCCAAAAGCUGUAAAACCAUCAUACGGUUCACGAGUUGUCCACGGUGGUGAGACAGUAUAUGGACAUCAUCCAUGGCAAGCUGCACUGAGAGCUAAGAAACAAGGCAAAUCUGUCCAUUGGUGUGGUGCUGUUCUAAUUUCAAAAUAUCACAUCUUAACAGCCGCCCAUUGCCUUAUCGGGUAUCCGAAAGGAGCCUACAUGAUCCGUAUAGGCGAUUACAAUACGGAAGCAUUGGAGCAGGCAGAAAUUGAUAUUUUCAUAGAGGACUACUACAUUCACGAGAAUUUCAGAGUUGGUCACCACAUGAACAACGACAUCGCAGUUGUUCUGCUGAAGACACCAAUAAGAUUCAGCGAAUUUAUUCAGCCAGUAUGUCUUCCAGCAAAAAAUCAACCCUACCAAGAGGGUAUGAACUGUACGAUUUCUGGAUGGGGUUCAACUCAGUCCGGAUCUUCAGCUCACUCACUGGAACUGCGAGCGGCCAAAGUACCGUUACUUUCGGAUGCGGUUUGUAAUCAACCGGAAGUCUACGGCAAUAACGUAACCGAGGGAAUGUUCUGCGCAGGUGCACUAGAUGGAGGUGUUGAUGCUUGUGAAGGGGACUCCGGCGGACCUUUAGUUUGUACAAAUAAUCGCGGUCACACACUGUAUGGAAUAAUAUCCUGGGGCUUUCACUGUGGCUAUGUCAACAAGCCGGGAGUGUAUGUCAAGGUGUCUCACUAUCUUGACUGGAUCGAGGAAAAGCUUAAACAAUCGCUGCAUAUGUAUGGCGUAUAGAACAUUCUUAAAGUACCUUAAUAUGCAAUACUCUUAGUAACUAAGAAGAUGUACCGUUACCAUUUUUAUACGAAUAAAACUUUUUUAUUUUACAUAACAAAA